AUGACAAUCAAUGUUUCUGCAUUCUGUUCAAAUGAGGCUUUGCCAUUAUCUGACUAUAAAAAGAGGUAUAGAGAUGCUCAGAUAGGAGCUUCUUACGGCACUAUUGGCGAUGAUCUACCACCAGCAACAGAAGUGCUUGCUCUCUGCAACCAAUACAACAUUCAGAGGAUCCGUCUCUACAAUCCGAACCCAUCAGUUCUCCAAGCCCUUCAAGGCAACAUCAACAUUUCAGUCAUAGUAGGUGUUGCAAAUGAGGACAUCAUACGGAUAGCAUCAGAUGCCAAACUUGCAAAAUCUUGGGUUCGGAACAACAUUCUCAAGUAUGAAAAUGUGAACUUCAGAUACAUAGCAGUUGGAAAUGAGAUCAGCCCGUUGGACGGUGGAAGUGCUGGUAUUGCACCAAGUGUUGUUCCAGCCAUGCAGAAUAUCUACAACGCCAUUUCUGCGUUUGGGCUUGGGGGAAAAGUGAAGGUUUCUACUGCCUUGAGCUUUGCAGUUCUUGGAACGUCCUAUCCUCCGUCUGCAGGGGCGUUCAGACCUGAAAUCCAAUCAUCGUAUAUCAAUCCUAUAGUUCAGUUUCUUGCGAAAACUCGGGGCCCUUUUCUUGUCAAUGUGUACCCUUACUUUGCAUAUGUUAGUAACCCCAAUGACAUUCAUCUGGAUUAUGCACUCUUUACAUCUCCUUCGAUAGUUGUUAGAGACGGAAAGUACCAGUACCAGAAUCUGUUUGAUGCUAUGGUGGAUGCAACCCAUGCAGCAUUGCAAAAGGUAGGUGGAGACGUGGAAGUUGUUGUUACAGAAACUGGAUGGCCGUCGGCUGGUGGAACAGCAACAACUGUUGACAAUGCAAGGAGUUACAAUUCAAAUUUGAUCAAGAGUGUCAGAAAGGGUACCCCAAGAAAACCUGGAAAACCUAUUGAAACUUACAUCUUUGACUUGAUUGAUGAGAACCAGAAGAGCCCUGAAAUUGAGAAGCAUUGGGGACUGUUUCUUCCUAACAAACAGCCUAAAUAUCCCAUCUCGUUUGCUAAAUAGGACAAUGAG